AUGUCUGUCUGGAACCCCGAUAAUAUUCGCGACGUCGCUGAGUCUGUCGGUAUCCUCAAUCUCAACCACGAUGUCACAGAGAACCUCGCCCGGGACGUUGAAUACCGAGUUGCGCAAGUACUUGAGGAAGCGCUAAAGUCCAUGCGCCAUGGCAAGCGCACAGUUCUCACUACUCAAGACAUUGCACUUGCAUUACGGAACCUGGAUGUCGAGCCACUGUACGGCUACGACUCAACCCGGCCGUUGAGAUUCGGCGAGGCCUCGCUCGGGCCCGGUCAACCACUGUUUUACGUUGAAGAUGAGGAGGUUGAUUUCGAAAAGUUGAUCAAUGCGCCUUUGCCAAAGGUUCCCCGUGAGGUUUCAUUCACCGCCCACUGGCUAGCCGUGGAAGGCGUGCAGCCCUCGAUCCCUCAGAAUCCCACCGCCGCAGACUCGCGCAACCUGGAACUGGUCUCCAAGGGCCCCAAUGCCAAUUCGACACUGGCUGCUAUGAGCGGCUCAGGGGAUGUCGCCGUCAAGCCUCUGGUCAAGCAUGUACUUUCCCGAGAGCUCCAGCUUUACUUCGAGAAAGUCUGCAGCGCUUUCCUCGACGAAACUAGUGAAGACUACCGCACCUCUGGAUAUUCCAGUCUUCGGGAAGAUCCCGGCUUGCACCAGCUGGUGCCAUACUUUGUGCAAUUCAUUGCCGAGAAGGUCACUCACAGUCUCAAGAAUGUGUUUGUUCUCACUCAGGUCAUGCACAUGGCCGAGGCAUUGGUUCAAAACAAGUCGCUCUAUGUCGAUCCCUACGUUGCAUCCCUCGUUCCAUCCAUUCUUACCUGUCUCAUUGGCCGGCAACUCGGAGGAAACUCCGAUUUUGAGGAACAAUUUGCCCUGCGCGAUAUGGCAUCCUCUCUCCUCAGCCUCAUUGCCCAAAAGUACUCUCAUUCCUCUCACAUGCUCAAGCCUCGACUCGUCCGCAGCUGUCUCAAGUCCUUCCUCGAUCCAUCCAAGCCGUUUGGCGCGCACUAUGGUGCUGUCAUUGGGCUACAAUCCAUCGGAGGCGCGGAUGUGGUCCGUAUUCUUGUACUGCCCAACUUGAGUGAAUACUCCAAGCUGCUCAGCGAUGGUCUCGACGAUUCUUCCCGUCGCCCAGCUGCUGAACGGGUGAUGAAUGCACUUCUAGCUAUGCUGGCAUCUCUCCGUGGUAAUAAGAACACCUUGACCAAUGGUCACCAUGUGACAGAGGAUGUGCGUUCCCAGCUGAUCGAGAAGGUCGGCGAGCUCUUUGCAGCUAAGAUUGUGGAGGCUGGCGAGGUACAGCUGGCUCAUGUCAUUCUGGAGUCAUAA